UAUGAAAAACAGAUCCAAGACAGAGGAGGAGCGAUAAGCAGAGUUAAUCUACAGAGGCAUAUUCAGACGGAAAAGGACAGAAAGUUGGAGAGAGAAUUUCAAAGAAUCUGCAUAUAUGAAAACAACAAACUAAAAAGUUGGCAACCUGGAAAUAAAUCUGUUCCAGCAGCAGUUAGUAGAAUCAGGAUUACUCAGCGGUUAAAGAAAGCACAAGAAAGUUUAGGGACCCAGAGAAAAAGAAGAGCAGCGCGUUUAACAGUGUGUCAAAGUUGAAGAAAUGCUGUCCAAGGUUAUCUCAGCUGCAUAUUUGGCACUGUGGAUCAGUUCUUGUGUUGUCACCUCAGCUGUGGAUGUUCACAUGACCAGAGCUUUGCAGCUGAUGUCUGAGACCCCGCUCAUUGACGGCCAUAAUGACCUGCCUUGGCAGCUUCGGAAGCAAUUCAACAACGAGCUUAACAAAGUGGAUCUUUACACGCUGGAAACAACACACACCAACAUCCCUAAGAUUAAGGAGGGACGGCUGGGUGCGCAGUUUUGGUCGGCCUAUGUUCCCUGUGAGACUCAGUACAAAGAUGCUGUCAGACAAACACUGGAGCAGAUAGAUGUGGUUCACAGGAUGUGUGAAAAAUACCCAGAAACCUUUAUGUUUGCUACCAGUAGCCAAGACAUCAUGAAGGCUUUCAACAUGAACAAGACAGCCAGUCUGAUUGGGGUGGAGGGGGGCCACUCCCUUGACAGCAGUCUGGGCACCCUGCGCACCAUGUACCAGCUGGGGGUUCGCUACCUUACACUCACACACUCCUGCAACACACCCUGGGCGGAUAACUGGCUUGUCGACACUGGAUCAGAGCCAUCUCAACAUAAUGGCCUGUCUCCAUUUGGCAAGCAACUUAUAGUGGAACCCCCCCCCAAGAGGAAUGUCCCCGAUGAUGUUCUUAUGAAAGUGAAUAAUACCGGAGGAAUUGUCAUGGUGAACUUCUACAACGACUAUGUGACCUGCCGCGAUACUGCUACGGUCUCAGAUGUUGCUGAUCACUUUGACCAUAUAAAGAAAGUGGCUGGGGCAGGCAUCAUUGGUUUUGGUGGAGAUUACGAUGGGGUUACAAGACUACCAGAGGGUCUGGAAGACGUGUCCAAGGUGCCCAAAGUGGUGGCUGAACUGCUGAGGAGAGGAUGGACUGAUGAGGAGGUCAAAGCUGCUCUGGGAGACAACCUGCUCAGAGUCCUAAGAGAGGCUGAGAAGGUCCGUGACAGUCUGAACGGCACGAGUCCAGAUGAUGUUCCUAUUCCAUAUGAUGAGGUGAAGAACUCGUGUAGGACGAGCUACGGUUACCCCAACGCUGGAGCCGUCCACUCACUCAGCACACUGGUCCUUCUGCUCACACUGGCUGGCUCUUUUCAAAUUAACAGCUUUAUAAACUGUUUAUAAAUAUGACUGAUGGCAUGUAUGUCAAGAAUGUGUCCAUGAAUACUAACACAAUCUGUUUUAAAUGGCAGGAUCGUUUACACAUGUCCUCUCUGCGCUCACAAAAACACCAAAUAUUUUCAGUUUACUGUUGAAAUGCUUUUCAAGAGCUUGUUUUUUGUGAGAUUUCAAUGAUCUAAAUAUAUUAAAAAUGAACAGUGACUAA